GUAAAACUAGCCUGAUAUUUGCAUGUCCAGUUUUGUCACAAAGUUUUUGUGGAACUGGAAUUGAGGAGCUUCAUGUAGACGCUACUUUUAAAGUGGUUCCAGUAAACAUGGGCUAUCAAUUAUUGAGCGUACAUGCUAUGAUACAAAAUUAUUCAAUACCAAUUAUAUUCGCAUUAAUGGAAUCGAAGUCUAGGAAUUCUUAUGACAGUGUAUUUCGAUAUGUCAAAGAUAAUCUUUUAGCAAACAUUUCUCCAAGGAUUAUCAUAAGUGAUUAUGAAUCUACACUUAGAGAUGUUCUACAAUCAUAUUUUCCUGAAGCUCGAACAUCUGGUUGUUGGUUCCACCAUAAUCAAGCAGUUUUUAAAAAUAUGAAAAGUAAAGGAUACUAUAGGCUUGUAAAUACUAACCAAUUUGCACUGCAAAGCUUAAAGCUUUUAUUUGGCCUUCCAUUGCUUCCAUAUUAUAUAUAUUAUAUAUCAAUGUAAUGGUUAAUGGUUAUGAUGAUUUAAUAAA